CACAGAGGGACACCAGGGCCACUGGCCUUGGGACACAUGAGCAGCUCAGCACUUGCUCAGGGGCUGAUUUCUCUGCUCGCUUGCAGGCCGGGGGGAAGCACUACCACCCCACGUGCGCCCGCUGCGUCCGCUGCCACCAGAUGUUCACGGAAGGAGAGGAGAUGUACCUGACAGGCUCUGAAGUGUGGCACCCUAUAUGCAAGCAGGCAGCAAGAGCAGAGAAGAAACUGAAGCACAGGAGAACAUCAGAAACCUCCAUCUCACCCCCUGGCUCCAGCAUCGGCUCCCCGAACCGAGUCAUCUGCGCUAAAGUGGAUAAUGAGAUCCUUAAUUACAAAGACCUGGCAGCUCUUCCCAAGAUUAAAGCCAUCUAUGAAGUGCAGCGUCCUGACCUCAUUUCGUACGAGCCCUAUCACAGAUACACAUCGGAUGAAACGCUGGAGAGAUAUAGCUAUGGGGAGUCCCUGGGAGCCCUGUCCCCUUACUCACAGGACAUCUACGAGAGCAUCGACAUCCGCCAGAGACGAGCCUCCAGCCCCGGCUACAUCGACUCUCCCACCUACAGCCGCCAGGGCAUGUCACCCACCAUCCCGAGGUCCCCGCACCACUUCUACCGCUCAGGCACAGAGAGCGGGCGCAGCUCCCCCUACUAUAGCCAGUUAGAUGUGAGGUCCUCUACUCCAACCUCAUACCAAGCGCCCAAGCAUUUCCACAUUCCAGCUGCCGGCGAGAGUAACAUCUACCGGAAACCCCCCAUCUACAAGCGACACGCCACUAAAAGCAAAACCAGCGAAGACAUCGCGCAGUCGUCCAAGUACAGCCCUGCCUACUCCCCGGACCCAUACUACCACUCCGAGUCAGAGUACUGGUCCUUCCAAGGGUCCCCCAAAGCACCCCGGGCCCGGAGGUUCUCGUCGGGAGGCGAGGAGGACGGGUACGAGCGGGGCAUGCACAAGAUCCAGGGCGGCAUCGGCAGGCUGAUCCUGAGGGAGGAGAUGAAGGCCCGGUCCAACUCCUACGCGGACCCCUGGACGCCUCCUCGCAGCUCGGCCAGCAGCAGGGAGGCUCUGCACACAUCGGGCUACGAGGGCUCCCUCAACGGCUCUCCCCGGACGCACUACCUGGCUGACAGCGACCCCCUCAUCUCCAAGUCGGCCUCGCUCCCUGCCUACAGGAGGAACGGGCUGCACAGGCCUCCCAGCGCUGAGCUCUUCCACUACGACAGCACCAAUGCUGUCAACUGGGGCAUGCGAGAGUACAAGAUAUAUCCGUAUGAGCUGCUCCUGGUGAAGACGAGAGGGAGGAACCAGCUGCCCAAAGAUGUGGACAGGACUCGGUUAGAGCGCCACCUCUCCCAGGAGGAAUUCUACCAGAUCUUCGGCAUGACCAUCGCUGAGUUCGACCGCCUGGCCCUGUGGAAGAGGAACGAGCUGAAGAAGCAGGCCCGGCUCUUUUAAAUGCAAUGCACUAUAAAUAUAUACAUACCUAUAAAUAUAUACAUAGAAAGAUCUCUAUACUGCAGCUCUGUAUGAGUCUCAAUGCUGGAUGUGACAGAGGCACCUUCUGCAGCCCUGAGAGUGAAUUGGAGUCUUGCAG